AUGUCUGAGAAGCGGGCAGUUCUCGAAGCCUUGGAAGCAGGGGAAAUUGGUGCUGCUUCUGAAGGAGGGUCGACCACCGGGCUCCUCCUCGGCAUACAGGCCGACUUGGUGACGGCAAACGACACCCUCAUCACCGCGACGGGGCGGGACUUUCGGGAGGCGGCCCGCCUGGCCGAGGUCGGGAGGACUCUCACCGUGGACCGAGUGGAAAUGCUGGGCCUGAGUUUCUCCAUUUCCAAAACGGAGGCUCUCCUCUUCCACGCAUUCCCAGCUCAAGAGCAGGAUAUGUCUAUCUUCUUCGAUCAUACGGACCCGUCAGCCCGUAUUCUCGGGGGUUCUGCCGCUGGUCGCGUUCCCUACAUUGUGGCUCUGAGUUCUGGUAUAUCGGUCAGAAACUUCGUCUGUGGAGGGUCACUGGUCACCAAUAGACACGUUUUGACCGCAGCUCACUGCAUCCGAGCCGUUUUCUCCGGUGGAAAUUUGCUCGGCUCUCUCCGUGGAACCGUUGGCACCAACCGCUGGAACACCGGUGGUACUCGCUAUCAAUUUGCCCGCAACAUCACUCACCCACACUAUGUACAUAGUAUAAUCAAGAAUGAUAUCGGUAUCCUCGUCACCACAACCAACGUGGUGAUGUCAAACACCGUUGCUCGAGUUAAUUUGAACUACGACUUUGUUGGUGCCGGCGUCGCAACCACCGUUACUGGAUGGGGAAGAACAUCCACGGGAGGAUCGAUUUCUCAAGUCCUCAUGCAGCUUAGCGCCACCGUAAUCGAUGGUAACCGCUGCGUCACCGAUGUAAGGAAUCGCGCCGCGCAGCUCAAUAUCAGAAAUGCACCAGCUGUUCAGCCACACAUCGAAAUUUGUACCUUCCACUCAAACGGACGUGGAACUUGCAAUGGUGACUCUGGCAGUCCGCUGAUGCGCGCUGACAGCCAACAGCAAAUCGGAGUGGUGUCAUGGGGUCUGCCGUGUGCGCGCGGCGCUCCAGACAUGUUUGUGCGCAUUAGCGCCUACCGCAAUUGGAUUCAGCAAAAUACAAGAUAA